GUGAUUCCAACCCCUGUGAGAACGGAGGGACCUGUGUGAGCGAUGCUUGUUCAUGUGAACCUGGGUUUUCCGGCAAUCUCUGUCAAGAUAAGCUGACAUAUGUUGAGUGUGAUAGCGGUUCAAUGACUGUCACCAUUGAUAAACGUCUAAUCUCUGGUGAUGCUGAUGAAGUUCAUUUCAUUGAAAAAUCCUGUGUUGGAAUCGAAUCAGCCACAGAUCAUGUGAUAACUCUGACUACAGACUAUGAUCAAUGCAGCACCACUACCGAGGACAGAAGCUCUACAGUGGUUUUCUCCAAUGUUAUCACUUAUGAAAAACCCGAAGCUGAAGAAGAUACAGAAAUCACUCGCGAAUAUCAAAUGCAACUUGAGGUGGAAUGUUGUUUAGACAAAUCAGAAACAGUUGAUGGGUCCUUCAAACCACGCCUUGGUAAGGUUGUAUUCAGCGACAAGAGCACUGGUAACUUCGAUCUAACAAUGAAAAGAUUCGAGUCAGAGAGUUUUGAAGUUGAAGAAUCCAGCACCGUCUUGCUGAUAACGGACCUCUUCUUUGGAGUCGCUCUCAAUUCUGUGCAAAGCGUUGGGAUGUUCAUUGAUGAAGCCUGGGCUACAGCUGGCCCCGAUGCGGGUAGUACACCACGACACGAUCUGAUAAGUGACGGGUAA